CACAAGCUGCUACUUCUCUUUCGAAGACUGUAGAGCAAAAAGUUAUCCUUACGACAUAUGUUCUCUUCUACUCGAAGAUGAAAACCAGAUCAAAGUUGACACGAAGAGAAGUUUAAUCUGAUCGCGGCAAGAUUUUUGAUACUAUUAAAUUACAAUACGUAUUCGUUAAUAUACGAAAUAAAAAAACCUUAACGUCUUCGAUUCGAUUUCUCGAGACGAGUUGUCGCACGAUGAGGAGGCAGAUAUCGUCGUACGUAGAACUGUUCUACGACAAGAACGUGAUUUCAUGGAGCAAACGUCUGUUGAGCUUAUCCGGCCUGUGGCCAGAUAAUCGCAACGACGUUCGAUUCUUUCUCUACAUUACGUACGUCGUGAUCUUCACUUGGCUGGAGAUCGUGACACUGGUCCAGAAUAUACACGACCUUGAGAGGACAUUGAAAAAUAUCACGCUAUCGUUCCCAACCAUCUUGAUAGUGCUGAAGGCCGUGAUGUUCCGGAUGAAUAUGCAUCUCGUCCUACCGUUGCUGACGGUCGUCAAGAGGGACGUGAACGAGGGCCUGUAUCGGUCGCCGGAGGAAAGGCGGACGGUCGUCUGGUAUAACGUGGCCGCCACUUUAUUUUCCACCUCGUCGGCCUUGUCUUUAUUCUUCGUGCCCACGUUGUUUUACGCCAAGCCAAUCAUCGGCUGCCUUUUAUCGAAGUACAAUAAUUGUACCCUUCCUUUCGAAUUACCCAUGAAAGUGAAUAACGUUUACGAAAUAACGAAACUACAAACGUACGCCUUGUUCUGCGUCUAUUUGAUACCGACGAGUACAUUGUUAACGAUCGGUGCAACCGGGGCAGAUAGCCUUCUGGUGACACUAACGUUCCAUCUUUGUAGUCAACUUUCAAUCGUAGCAUAUCGCAUGAGAAACGUCGAUAUCGAACCGAAGAUAUAUUUUCCGAAAAUGAAGGCACUCGUUGAACGGCACACCGAACUUUUACGAUUGGCAAAUAUUUUAGCGAAGACAUUUAGUUCUCUGAUGUUUGUACAAACGUUAGGAUUAAUAUUCUCACUAUGCAUCGUGGUCUAUCAAUUACUUAUGACAAGCGAAUCAGGAGAAGAUAUGAAUACGAUACAUUUUAUAAUCUACUCUUGCGCUGUUAUACUGUUAGCAUUCUGCUAUUGUUUCUUGGGAGAGUGUCUCAUUAACGAGAGUAGCGAAGUGCAAAUGGCUUGUUACUUUACUAAUUGGUACGAUUUACCAGAGCAGUACACGCGAUCUUUAAUAUUUUGUAUCGCUCGAGCGCAGAAACCGUUAUACCUAACAGCUGGCAAGUUUUACGUGUUUUCUUUAGAAACUUUUGGCGUUGUAAGCUAUCUCUCAAUUAUAAAACCAUCCAACGAUCAUUGUCUAAAUUCUUCUCUUACAUUUGCUUGAUUUAUUUGUAGAUAGUAAAAGCAUCGAUGGCCUACCUCUCCGUUCUAAAAAGUAUUAUUUGAACAAUUAACACCGAACAUUAGUUUAAUUUAUCAAAAAAAUAAUAAUAAAAAUAAAAACAAAAAAAGGACUUGUUCCAAUUAACUACGAAUACACGAGUAACGAUUAAAAUAACUUUAAGACAAUCAAAUCUUAAAAACUUAUUAAAUAUUAAAUCUAAUAAUUACUUAUCGUUUUAACGAUAAAAAAUUAAAAAUUUUGCCCUCCCUUUUAAUCCUCGCGUCUCUCUACACUUUUUUUACACUCGUAAAAUUUUUUCUUCUUUUUUCCCCCCCUUUCGUACACAUGCCAUGACCGCUUUAUUUCACGCCACGAUAAAUGAUGCACGAUUGACGAUGAUUAACCGAGGGAUAAGGUGUCGGGCCAGGAAAAGAAGAAACGUCAACGUCGACAAGGUGGAGUGGCUACAGAAUCCGAAAUGUCGAAAUCAAUAUUCUUCCCGUUGGAAGGCCCACUUCCACGAACUUCCUCGUGGCGGGCAACAUCGCGCCGAUAUAUCAGCUUCUCGGAAUGUGUCAUUCCACCUAAUCGUCGCCGAGCAGCGGCUCGUGUUUGGCUGAAGGAAUUAAAAGAAAAAUUUAUUUCGGUUUAUUCAAGAAAGAUACAGAAUGUACAACUGCCGAGGGAGGAUACAAAUUAUGCAUAUAACUCGUGCUUCACGGUAAAUAAUCGUCCCUAUUGCCAGGUCGAAGCACAUGGACCCUGCCGUCGUGCGUUAUCUCUUUACAACGACCUCGAUCCUACGAAUGGAGUAACAGCUAACGUGCAUACGGCCUUCACGAUACACCGAUCCCCUUUUCUCGCUACACCGCACUACACCGUCUCCACGGUUGCAGCGCGUGUGUACACUUUCAGUGGCAGGAACUUUCAAUAACAGUGGUGCAUCCUCCCGUGUUCACCUCUCCAAAAGCCGAAGAGAGAGAGAGAGAGAGAGAGACACGGGAUGGAUUCCAACUCGCACGCGGAAAUAAGACAGAGACGAGAGCUUCUUUGCACGCGUUUCAAUUCUACAACGAGAGAUAUACGGCCGAGCGUAUCGAUUCGAAAGAAAUUGUUGUUGCUUGCUGGUAUGCACGAUGGUAUGGAGCGAAUUCUUAGCGAUCGUGGCCGAAUCGUCUGGGCUGUAACGUUUUUUCGCACGAUGGGAUUAUAAAAAUAUGAAAAAAAAGAAACGAGAAU